AUGGUCGCGCCUUGUGAUGAGGUUCUGAUUUUGGGCGACUUCAACCUCACGAGCAUUAUAUGGACUCCUAUUCACAGCAGUUUCUUCCGUCUGGAUCUUGAAAGCUUCAUGUUCCACGCAGGUGCCGUUAAACUUCUGGAUAACUCCAGUAUCGCAACGCUAUCUCAAAUCAAUGACGAGGUUAACGAGAAUAAUCGCUCUCUGGACCUCUGCUUCGUGAGUGGUCAUACCACGGCACCUUCCAUCUGUUUGGUUCCUGCACCCUUAGUUAAGGAUGUUGCUCAUCACCGCCCUCUAGUGAUUGCUGUCGAAGAUAAUGUUAUGCGUGAUUUCUUCAACCCCCCAGCCGUGGUGUCGUACGAUUUCCAUAAGGCGGACCAUCGCAGUAUUACUGAAGUGCUAUCAAAUAUGGAUUGGGAACACAUUCUCGAUCCAGUGAACAUUAAUUCUGCUGCAGAAACUUUUUCUCACAUCAUGGUGUACAUCAUCGACAGGCAUGUCCCAAAAAAGUCCGUUCGAUCUGACUCUCGGAUCCCGUGGAUGACGAAUGCUCUCCGGUCGCUGAAAAGGUGCAAGAAAGCUGCACUCAGAAGUUACACGAAACACCGUACGUUGCCACUCAAAUUCCACUAUGUCAGACUCAACAACGAGUAUAAGCGGAUCAGUCGUUAUCAUUUCCUACGCUACCAAAGAGGGAUACAGCGACGACUAAGAUCUCACCCAAAGUCCUUUUGGAGCUACGUAAAUGAACAGCGCAAAGAGACUGGAUUUCCAUCGUCCAUGGUAUUCAAUAGUGAAUCUGCAAGCACCCAACAAGAUAUAUGCAACCUGUUCUCAUCUAAAUUCCCCAGUGUGUUUGACGACGAACAACUACCUGUUGAUGUCGUGACCACCGCUGCCAGCAACGACCCAUUAGCGAAUCAAUCGCUCGGUGAUAUCGAGGUGAAUGUCGAAGUCAUCUCAAGAGCGAUAUCUAAGCUUAAGACAUUAUCUAAGCAUGGUCCUGACGGUGUUCCAUCGAUGAUUCUCAAAAAGAAUAUUACCUGUCUGCUUGAACCCCUCCUCCAAUAUCUAUAUCAAUAUCAACAAUAUCUCUGCGCUGACCAACAUGGUUUUACAGCUGGCCGUUCAACAUCCACUAACUUGUUGUGCCUAACGUCGUACGUCACGGAUAGAAUGAUUGCAGGCCUUCAAACGGACGUGAUUUACACGGAGCUUUCUGUAGCAUUCGAUAAGCUAAACCAUAAAAUUGCAAUCGCCAAGCUUGACAGACUUGAAGUCGGUGGAAAUCUUCUCGAUUGGUUUCGAUCAUAUCUGACCGGACGCCAGCUUGUGGUUGCUUAA